AUGUCGCCCAUAGAGAUUAAAUCGACAAACUCGAGCGACAAUACCUGUCAAGGUUGUGGUACCGGUGGCGACAAUACCUGUCAAGGUAGUGGUACCGGUGGUGACAAUACCUGUCAAGGUAUUGGUACCGGUGGCGACAAUACCUGUCAAAGUAGUGGUACCGGUGGCGACAAUUGUGUAGUGGUACCGGUGGCGACAAUACCUGUCAAGGUAGUGGUACCGGUGGUGACAAUACCUGUCAAGGUAUUGGUACCGGUGGCGACAAUACCUGUCAAAGUAGUGGUACCGGUGGCGACAAUACCUGUCAAGGUAGGGGUACCGGUGGCGACAAUACCUGUCAAGGGAGUGGUACCGGUGGUGACAAUACCUGUCAAGGUAGUGGUACCGGUGGCGACAAUACCUGUCGAGGUGGUGGUACCGGUGGCGACAAUACCUGUCAAGGUGGAUGUACCGGUGGCGACAAUACCUGUCAAGGUAGGGGAACCGGUGGCGACAAUACCUGUCAAAGUAGUGGUACCAGUGGCGACAAUUCCUGUCAAGGUAGUGGUACCGGUGGCGACAAUACCUGUCAAGGUAGGGGGACCGGUGGCGACAAUACCUGUCAAAGUAGUGGUACCAGUGGCGACAAUACCUGUCAAGGUAGGGGUACCGGUGGCGACAAUACCUGUCAAAGUAGUGGUACCAGUGAACUGUAUUACCGAGUCAAGCAUGAAUCUCGGCUCCAUCGUACGUAUCCUUCUGGACUCCUCCACGACCAGUCUCAACUGUUCGUCUGCCUCCGAAGGAGACUGGGACCAGGGACGUCCCGAUUGGGGAACUACAUACAACGUCAUUUGA